AUGAUCAACGAUACUCCCAUCCUACCAUGUCUCGACUUCUCCUCAAUCGUCAUUAAUCCUUCUUCCGACUCAUCACAUCCACUUGAAUCGCCUUCUUUCUCUAUACCAUCAUCAGUUCUCCCACAUUUACAAACUGCUUCAAACCAUUUACAUAAUCAUCAAACGGUAGCUUUGCCCACUGAAACCGUGUAUGGUCUGGCAGCCUCUUCCCUCGACUCUGAGGCUGUCCAGGCUAUAUAUCGAAUCAAGAAUCGACCUUCAGAUAAUCCAUUGAUAAUACAUAUAUCAUCUUUGAAGAUGCUGCGAUCAGUUAUUCCUGAUGGUUAUGAGAUACCAGAAUUAUAUAUGGCAUUGAUAAGUGAAUUUUGGCCAGGACCAUUAUCACUUUUAUUCCCUUCAAUCAAUCCGCUGCCAUUACCUUCACCUCAAACCAAUGCAAUUCGAAUGCCAUCACAUCCCUUAGCAUUGGCUCUAAUACAUCAUUCCAACCUGCCCUUAUCAGCACCUUCAGCAAAUUCAUCAGGUAGACCAAGUCCGACUCGAGCCAAACACGUAUUCAACGAUUUAAAUGGUAAAGAAGGUCUGGGAUGUAUACUGGAUGGGGGUGAUUGUGGUGUAGGCGUGGAAAGUACUGUUGUAAAUGGGUUAAAUUGGAUAAAGGGUGGAGAGGGCUCCGUUGAUAUACUUAGACCAGGUGGUUUGGGUGUAGAAGAAAUCAAGAGGAUCGUAAACAAAGUAGAUGGGAAGGAAGGGUCGACUAAGAUCUUACUUCAUGGAAAGGCAUGGUCAGGAUCCUCAGAUGCAUCACCGGCCCCGAAAGAAAUACCUACAUCCAACGGUACAAGAAGUGACGGAGCUUCCAAUUCGAAGCAUGAAAAAGUCAGAUCAGUUGGAUUACCACCAUCUACACCAGGAAUGAAGUACAGACAUUACUCACCUAAAGUACCUGUAUAUCUACUCAAACCAAGUAACGUCUUUUCACGUCCGAAUAGUCUACCUGAAGAAGCAGAAUCUUCAUCUCAAGCUGUAUUACGACAGGUCUUGAAUCACAUACCGUAUCAUAGCAAAGCCAAGAGCAAAGGUAAAGGUAAAGCUAGAAUUGGGGUACUGCAUUUUGAAGAUUCCCCUCUCAGUCAAAACAUCCUCAAAGCUGUGAAGGAGGAAAACAAUAUACAAAUUAUACCGGUGUCUUUGGGAUUUGACGCUUCGAGUGCAGCUCAAAGGUUAUUCGCUGGAAUGUUGACUCUAGAACGAAUACCACCUGAAAAUGAACAUGAAGAUGGAAACGUAGAUGGGAAAAUCGGGGUAGAUGCUAUACUCAUAGAAGGAUGUUCGGAUCAAGGUCUAGGACUAGCAGUGAUGGAAAGAGUAGGUAAAGCAGUUGGGGGAGGAGGUAUAAUAGGAGAUGUGAUGAAUGGUGAAGGCGAGAUCGAUAGAGAUGGUUCAGAAGGGAACACAUUUUGGGUGGAUGUUACAAGUUAUUCAAUACGCCAUACAUGA